AUGAUCGGAAAACGAAUCUUCAUGACUGGUGCCUCCGGCUACAUCGGCGGCGUGGUUGUGGAGCAAGCCAUCCAGCAAGGCAAUCAUGUUACCGCCCUAUCACGAACUGAAGCAAGUGACGAAAAGAUUCGAACCCUGGGCGCUACUCCAGUACGCGGCGGCCUGGAAUCUCACUCCGUUCUGCAGGAGCAAAGUGCCCAGGCUGACGUCGUAUUCCAUCUCGCAGACGCAUGGGCCGGUAAUUUCGGCAAGAUGGAUUAUGCUGAAGUUGUGCGCAUCGACGGAGGUGCUGUGGAUGCCAUCGGGGCAGGCCUAAAGGGCACUUCCAAGCCACUGGUGGUCACGUCAGGCACUCUCGUCGUUGGGGCACAUCCCGACGGCCUCGAAACCGAUGAGAACUCGGCUCUUUCAGAGCAGCCAAUGAAUGAUCGCAUUCGAUCUGAGCAACAUGCGCUAGAACUGCGGGACCAGGGUAUCAAUGUCAGCGCUAUUAGGCUGGCGCCAUGGGUCUACGGUCGUGGCGGCAGUGGGAUUCGGCUUUUCAUGACCAUGUUCACAGGCAUGGGUGAGGUAUUCUACAUCGACGGGGGAGCAGCACCUACUUCCGUGGUGCAUGUAGAUGACGCCGCCCAGUUAUAUUUCCUGGCGGCGGACAAGGCUCAACCAGGGGACGUGUUCAACGCGGUUUCCUGUACCACAGUGACGGCCCGGGAACUAGCUACAGCCAUUGCUCGCACAGCCAAUCUUCCACUGAAGUCGCUCUCCUUUGAUGAAGUCACCAACCGCAUGGGAAAUUUUGUAGCAAGCUUUCUCAGUGCGGAGAACCGGGCGUCGGGCCAGAAAGCAAAAGAAAAGCUUGGUUGGGAGCCACGGGGUCUCGCUAUUCUGGACGACAUUGAGAGCGGAUCCUAUGCAACGCGCUAG